CAAACCUACCGGCAAUACUACCGUGACUGCACCAUCUCCGGAACAGUGGACUUCAUCUUCGGAGAUGGGGUAGCGAUGUUCCAAAACUGCAGGAUGGUGGUUAGAAAGCCAGGGGAUUCACAGUCUUGCAUGGUCACGGCCCAAGGCAGAACCGACAAGAAUGAGAUCACAGCCAUUGUCCUCCAAAACUGCACCAUCACUGGUGAGCCAGACUACAUGGCUGUAAAGGACAAAAACAAGGCCUACUUGGGGAGGCCAUGGAAGGGCUUUGCAAGGGUGGUGGUGAUACAGUCGCAGAUUGACGAUGCGAUUGCGCCCGAAGGAUGGACAGAAUGGACUGGUGAGAAAUUUCACACUAGUUGCUUUGUGGCUGAGUCCGGCAACAGGGGUGCUGGGGCUGACAUGUCCAAGAGGGUCAAAUGGCAAACCCUAAAGAAGCUUACUCCAGAACAAGCUGCGGCUUUCACCCCUGCGAGGUUGUUUGAGGGUGAUAAAUGGGUCAAACCCAGUGGGGUUCCUUAUGUUUCUGGCAUGAUGUCUGCGUAGAUCCCCAGAUGAAAAAUCUUACAACACCAAUUCUUUUCUUAAGAAAAGAUAAACAAUUUUACUUCGCUGCUUGAUUAUGUGUCUUGUGAAGUUGUGAUCUUGUGGGAUGCCUUCCCUUGUUUAUGAAUAUCAAUAUAUAUCACACAUUUUUUUUAAGCUA